AUGCCUGCACAUCCGAGUCUCGUAAAAUACCAGGAAUCAUUAGCCUUAAAGGUGGCUACUGAUCGAAUCAAGGCGUAUUUAAUCCAUCUCCGAAUGCAAAGCGGUGUUGAUCUAGAAUCAAAAGAUAAAGAAAUGCACCUCUACGCCCUUGAUGCAAGGUUAUUUUCCCAACCUACGGCUGCUAUUCCCGGAGGCACUUUAUUCAAGCAAAUUUGUGGCAUACCAAUACUCAGUCCUCACCAUGGUGCUGCAAUACAACGAAAUAACACCGCGCAACGUCAUCCGAAUCCCACGAACAGACGUUUUCCGACACGCACCAUGAAUGAUGCUUUUUCUGCAAUCAUUGACAAACUUCGAUCCGGCGUGGGACGAUCCGAAGUGAGGGGAUUUGGUUCGUCAUUGCAGCAACAAAGUACCGCUUUGCGGGCUUGGUCCCGCGAAGGCUAUUUUUCCGACGAAGACAAGAUGUCAGCAAGCCGUAGCGAUAUUGCUAAGCUUCGCUUCCAUGAGAAUGAUGCGCAAAGGAUGAAACAACCUUUGAACAUCUACGAAGAAAUGGGAAAUCAAGUUACCGACGAAAUUGUGCAAGGCACUUGGCCGAUGGAUCCACCGGAAGAAGGAGUCACUCAAGUUGCAAUGGCUGAUCCAGGACCCGUCAUGGGCUUAGGCUUGAGCUAG